CGCUUUCUCUCUUCGCUCUUUACAAACAAAACGAUGAGCAGCUGGGUUGGAGCUUCUUCUUCUUCUUCUCCCUGGCCUCUCAGGACCUCUUCCUCUUCCUCUUCCUCUUCCUCCUCCUAUCCUUCUAAAUUCUUCAAAUUCCAUUCAUGUCCUCCUCCUCCUUCUCCGCCUCCUCCGUUUCGUCCUCUCUGCCUCGCCCAAUCCAACCACGUCGGCAGCGACUUCAAAUUCGUGCUCCACGACGCUCUGGAUUCUUCUGGAAUCCUCACCUCUCACGCCAGAGAUGCUAGGGAGGGAUUCUGCUCGCAAAUCGGCAAAAUGUCUGAUAUAGAGAGGCAAACCAGCAUUAGCAUCAACCGCCGCGUUGAUUUAGGGAAAACUGCUCUUUAUAUUGCAGCAGAGGAUGACUCCCUCGUGUCGCAUUCGUCCGUUCCGCUUCCAGUGGAUGCUUUUAUCAGUAGAUUUGAUGAUCUUUCUAUGGACUAUUGUUCUCACUACAACUCUUCAUUGAAAUCGUCGCCGGAGAGGUUGUUGGAGAGUUUGGAAAAUUAUUUGUACAUACACAAGGGAUUCCGAAGAACCAACGCAAGGCAUCUCUUAGAAACACGAGCUCUAUAUCUCCAUUCGGUUUUGACACAUCGUUCAGGAUCAACUGCAAUGCUAUCACUAAUAUACUCAGAAAUUCUGAAAAUGCUUCGCUUAUGGGGACUUUUGGAUUUUGAUGUGGAGAUAUUCUUUCCUCACGAUCCUCAUAGUCUUCCCAGAGGCUAUCCCAAAAAGAAAAGCAAGGAAUCUGAUCAUGCACACAUAAUGACAUCACAAGCCCUUUUGGUUGAGAUUCUAAGCAAUUUGAAGGAUGCUUUCUGGCCUUUUCAGCAUGAUCAAUCAGGGAAUUUAUUCUUAAGGGCUGCACGGGCUGCUAACUUCAUUGAUGCAUCAAAUGUUGAUGAAGACAGUGGCUUUCAGCUUGCAUCUGCUAAGGCUGCUCAACAUAGGCUAGAUCGUGGUGUUUGGACCAGUGUUAAUUUUGGGGAUAUGAGGCGUGCGUUAUCUGCUUGCGAACGUCUUAUUCUCCUCGAAGCUGAUUCAAAGGAAUUGAGAGAUUAUAGCAUUCUUCUCUACCAUUGUGGGUUUUAUGAGCAAUCACUUGAAUUUUUAAAGUUGUAUCAGGACACAAAGACUCGCCCACAACUUAGACGAUCAUCUAAUUCAUCAACCAAUCUAGAGGAAGAUGCUGUAGAGAAGUUGAUGAUACGCCUUAAACUAAUUUUGAUGGAGGAUGGUUGGAGCAGGCCUUCAUAUGUAAGAAACUUUCUUGGUAACAGCUCUGAUCCAUGGUAGUGCUGCAUGUAAAAUCGUUGCAGAUAGGUACAAAUUCUAAUCUGUGAGGUGCAUGUACACUUGAAAAGAGACUUCAUUGCACUGCAACCCAGACAAGUUUUGUCAGUCAUCCAAUGACACGAUGCACUGAGCCCACGGAAUUUGGAGUCGUCCCAGAUUGUUCAUUUGCUUAGUCGAAACAAGGUGUUGUAAUAUAAUAGAGUAGUCCACACGAUCAUCAGCAAACUUGGAAAACUACACAUUGGAUGGUUGGAAGUAUCAAUCAGCAGAAUGUACGUUGUUGUUGGAGUUCAAAGGUUUGUGUCUUUUAUCUUUGCUCAGUAGCUUUAAAUUUCAAACUCCAUGAUAGUCACAUGUAUAAGCGUGCAAUUCGAUGUAUAUAAAAUGAUAUUGUAAGCCUGCUUUUAAUAAUGAGAAGCUAAUUUAUUUCUGUUUA